AUGCCAGCUGAAACUGAACCACACCCGCGUGACGAUGGAGACCUCUUGCCCCAGGAUUACGAUAUGCUUUCUCAGCUCAAAAAAAAGGAGAAAGAAGGCGUUCAGAAAUUUGAGUCACAGGACUUCAAAGGGGCGGCGAAGAAACUUCGAAAGAUGCUGAAAUCGGGCCAGCCUAUACUUUCAAAGCCACCAUUCUCAAAGAACAAAGUCGACAUACGGGCGCGAAUCGGGCUGUGCUACUACUAUCUCGGGCUUCACUCCAAAGCCGAGAUAUGGGACCGCAAAACAUUGUCUGAGGCCGAGGAAAUCAACCGUCAGAGCACGCAGUCAUGGACCACCAGACACAAUCUCGCAAAAGACUUGGUAGCCCAGGCCAGGAAAGAUAUUUCAAUGACGCAUAAGCUUAAAGAAGCCUUGUCACUGUACGGGAGGAACCUCAUUCAGGCGAUGAAAUGGAAGUCGGGCAAAGACGAGGUCUUCGAGACUGUUCAUCAUGCUGCUUUCUGCUUGGCGCAUCAGGGUGACUACAUGACAGCAGUCUGGCUUGAGGAACAAAAUUUGAGAUACAGAAGAAAAUUACACAGGAAGCGUCUCAAGAUAACAGCUGAUACCCAAGAACAAGAGAAGACUUUCGCGAAUAUGGUUGAAAGCAAGCAUAACUACGCAACAUUCCUGUACCUCGACAGGCAGUUUGAAGAAGCCAAACGCCACUUCCAGAGGAACUUGGUUUCGUUGAAAACACUGAGUGGGUGCGGCAUCAGAGACUUGCAGGGGCUUGUCACGGAUUCCAAAAAGUACAUUGAGAAUUGUGACAAGGAGAUCUGGUUCGAAGAAAGACUGAAGAGUCUGAUUACCGAGGAAGUUUCCGAAUCCCAAGACCGCUCUUCAUCGGAUCAGAACAGCUCCGGUCGGCCUAAACGAAAGCGUGAGGAGAGUCCGGAAAAUGAUCGGAUCAAUGCAAAGCCAGAACUAGCUUCGGGAGGAUUUUCACAGAGCUCUGCUGAAAGCUCGCACCGCCCUGAAAAGCGUUCAAGACGAAAUAAAUCGCCGAGAUCAAGCGGGAAGAGCGAAGAGCUGGAAGAUAUCUCGCAGGAUAUGUUAGGGAUCCCGGAUUUGCACACCGAAGAAGAGGUAUGGCGCGCAAAUUCGGAGGCUUUCUUUGCAGUUGCGGCAUCGCCUGAGCAAAACAAGCAACAGCAAAUUGCCACCUAUAACAUCAUUCUCAAAAUGCGUGAUGCUAGCAGGAAGUUGCUGUGUCAAUUUAAAGACCCCGCACCUGUCAAGGUAGCCAUCCUCGAUACCGGUGCCGAGUUCCCAAAGUGCUCUGUGCCGAGCAAAGAAAGGAAAUUCUGCGAGUUCUUAUCGCACAAAAAAUAUCAACUCCAACAGUACGCAGAUUUUCAAGGAGUGGCAUCACUCGAAGACCCGCCGGGCAUUUUCCGAAGGGAAGAGUCCGAAUGGAAAGACAAAGAUGGUCACGGGACACAGUGUGUGUCAGUCCUCCUUCAGGCAUCUCCCCGUGCCCAUGUCUACGUUGCUCGCGUUGCGGAGUCUAGCGGGACAGUGCCAAGGUCCAUAUGCGUGGCCGCUGCCAUCAAGUACGCGGUCGAAAUCUGGGGUGUGGACAUCAUUUCCAUGUCUUUCGGCUACCACUUCGAGAAGCCUGAUAUUGAUGAACAGCUCGAGCGUGCCACAAGCAAAUACUUGAGGCCCGAUGGAAAGACCGUUCUGGUAUUUGCAGCAGCCUCAAACGACGGCAACAAUGAUCCACGCAUCAUCGCGUGGCCAGCUUCUGUCCGGCUGCCCAUGGUGGAGAAGGUUUCAUGGCGCUGGGGGAACACAUCACCGUUCCGCAGGUAA